UAACUCACAACUCAAGACACACUUUUUUGUCACGAUAGCUUCAAUUUAAAUCAAUUAAAUUCAACGCUGCGACUUUUUUUCUUUCAAAUUUGCAACCGUAAUCUCUUUAGUCCGUGUGAGUUUCGUUCAGACGUCGGCAACAUGCGAGAACAUGUGUAAAUAAGUGAACGAUGUCUGCUGUCAUGUGAAGCUGCAGACUGACCGUCCUGUUCUCGGCGUUUACUCCCCGUCGGUGUGUCAAAUGGGGAAAAGGAAAGACAUGAUUCACCCCAGGUUCCUUGGCGAAGGCGGCUCCAGCCUGCACGGCGUCCACAAGCGGAAACACAAAAAACACAAGAAGCACAAGAGGAAGCACCACAGCUUCCCCGAGGCGCCGGAGCCCGUCGCGGUUCUCCGCCCUCCUCCUCCUCCUCCUCCUCCUCCGCAGCUCCGCCUCAAGAUCAAACUGGGAGGACAGACGCUGGGGACCAAGAGCAUUCCCACCUUCACCGUGCAUCCCGGUGUGGCGUGUCCGCCGUCCCCCUUGAUGAUCAUUAAUAACGUCGUCGAGGAGGACGACGACGACGACAGCGACGACGAUGACGAUGAUGACGACGAAGAGCCCUCUGUGCCUUUGGAGCAGUAUCGAGCCUGGCUGGAUGAAGACAGUAACCUGGCCAGAUCCCCGAUGCCGGACAUGGACUCGGACCCCAUGCUGGCCAGGCCCGUGGACGAGGAGGAGCGGUGGCUGGACGCUCUGGAGAAGGGGGAGCUCGACGACAACGGGGAGCUGAAGAAGGAGGUCGACGAGUCUCUGCUCACGGCCCGACAGAAAGCCCUGCUCCACAAGCAGCAGAGCCAGCCCCUCCUGGAGCUGCCCAUGGGCUACAAGGAGAAGGAGAUGACCGCCGAGAUGAUGCAGAAGCGGGAGGAGCGAGCGAGGAAGAGACGCCUGCAGGCGGCCAAGAAGGCCGAGGACAGCAAGAACCAGACGAUCGAGAGGCUGACGAAGACGAGCAAGGCCAAGAUCAAGAGCAUGAGGGAGAAGUCCCGGCAGAACCAGUGUCCCAUGAUCCGGUACAGCGACUGCGCCCUGGGCCUGGCCGUCUCCUUCCCCGCGGGCGUCGCGGCGCCGGCGCCGACGGUUUCCCGUCCGCCGCCGGCCGCCCCGGCGAGCUGCGGCGUCGACGGCUGCUCCAACUUCAAGAAGUACCGCUGCUCCAAGACCGGCGUUCCCCUCUGCAGCCUGCGGUGCUACGAGAUGAACCUGCUGCUCGCUCAGGGCGCCGCGGGGUCGGCGACGGGACGGGCGGAUUGAACAACUUUUUCUCGUCACGCAUUCUGCACGUCGCUGUGGCCGAUUGAUGAUGAUAAUCAUGGUUUCCCAGCAGUUACACCACUAAAUUAUGUAGAUUAUAAAAUGUUAAACAAAACAUUGAUUAUGAUUUACAUUUGCAAAGUGUCCGUUUGUUGAAGAUUAAAGUUCUUUUUUUGUUGAGUUGUA